UGGCUGGCUUCGCCUUCUUCACGUUUUUUAUUGAGGAAGAGAGGCGACGUCUUCGCCAUUCGCUGGCCGCGCUCUGUCUCCCUUCUCAUCUCCUUUUCGAUCUACUAGGUUCCGUAACUUCCGAAAGCAUCUCCUUGCUCGCGUCGUCAUGGCUCAACGUGGUGGACAUGUACCGCGUUUUGGUGAUUGGAACCAAAAUGCUGCCUACACAACAUAUUUUGAUUCGGCACGCAAGGGGAAAGCUCCUGGAGCAACCAUUCUCAACCCAAAUGAUCCAGAGCAGAUGGCAGAGCUCCACAGAGCUGGAGGUCAGCCUGUAGAGCCUCAAUAUCCCAAUCAAGGCCACAGGGACAAACCGACAGAGUAUGAUGGGGCAAAUCAUCAUCCGAGAACAAACUAUGGCAGAGAAGAAAGGGAAGCUCCAACACAGUCUAGAAAUACUAGCCAGCGAUCUAAUGUGGAUCAGCAAGGUAGGAACCAUGGAACUCAUAGGAGCAUGGAAGAAGCUGGUCAAUUUCCUUCCCAAUCACCAGUGACACAGAGGAGAGCAGCAAAUGCUCUACAAGGAACAACUGGACGCCAAAGAGCCACAGCGAUUCCCAAAUUUGGAGACUGGGAUGCACCGGAUCCUAAAUCAAAUGGAUACACAGUCAUCUUCAACCAAGUUAAAGAAGAUAGGAAGGCUGGCGCUGCAACUCACAUUCCACCAAUUUCCCCUCAGCCUGUACAUCCACCAACAUACCCGUCACACAGGCAAAAGAAGUCCUUCUGGAGCUGGCUCUGUCGAUUCUUUCGUCCAAGGGCAUCUAACUGAUCAAAUGAAGCCACAUCAGGCGAGAAGAUGGACGGUUCCUUAGUGUUUACUCAUUCUUGUUUAUGUACAGGAUGAUGCAUAUAAGCAAAGUAUUAGAUGGCCAAUUUGUUUGAUAUGUUCAGUUUGUUGUUGCUAUUUUGUGGAUUCAAAUAAUCGAGGUUCUGUUCUCAGAGAGAGUGGAGUGAUAUAGUGAAACAAAGUGUAAGAUUCAUAAGAAAACUCAUCUGUGUUCCUUAUCUAUUGAUUAGUGUUCAAUGUUCCUUUGUUCCUUUAAUGACC